AUGGCUCCCAUCACCCCAUUGCGCACAAUGGCCAUGUCCAUGGGUCCCUCAAGAAGGGCCUUCUCCUGCACCAUCUGCUCAUGGAGGCGGCACCUGAGCACCUCUCGUCCAUACCUGGCCAACAAGCCUCCGGCACCAGCCCCAGCCCCGGGCGCCGCUCCCCUAGAGCCGACGAAGCCCGAACUCCCUGGGUCGGCCAUCCACGCCCCGCGAGCCUACGGAAAGAAGAUCAAGGACUUCACGCCGCAGCCCCUGCCGCGGCCCAUCGGCAUGGCGCACCCGCCACAUCCGGAGGACAACUCGGGCGUCGACAGGAGGUCGCUGAAGCAGCGGAGGGACGACUUCGUCGACUACGACAAGCAUCUCGUGCGCCGCAAGGAGCUAAAAGAAAAGAUGGCCCGCCCCUACUUCCGCGACUGGCGCAACAUGCAGUUCCACGAGGGCAAAUCCUUCAUCGCGCCUCCCUUGCCCUUCAAGGCCGACAUGUCCCUCUUCUUCCCCAACUUUGUCGGCGACACUCUCGAGAAGAGCGCCAACAACCCGCGCGACACGACGCGGGCGCUGCUCGGCAAGGUGUCCGUUGUCGCCAUGUACAGCAGCCAGUGGGCCGACGACCAGGCGAAGACGUUCAUCUCGCCCGAGGCGAACCCUGCGCUGCACGAGCUCCUGGCCAAGACGCAGGGCAAGACCCAGGUCGUGCAGCUCAACAUCGAGGACAACAAGUUCAAGGCAUGGAUCGUCAAGCUCUUCAUGGGCAACCUGCGCAAGCAGAUCCCCGAGCACCACUGGGGCAAGUACUUCCUCGUACCGCGCGGCAUCACCAACGAGAUCAGCGAGUCCAUCGGCUACCUCAACAGCAAAGUCGGCUACGUCUACCUCGUCGACAACCUGUGCAGGAUCCGCUGGGCCGCCAGCGGCCCCGCCCACCCGGAGGAGCGGGAUAGCUUGGUGAAGGGCAUGAAGCUGGUCCUUCACGAGUGGAACAAGGCCGAAAAGGCAGCGCUGGAGGCCGCCAAGGCCAAGGAGGUAGGGAGCGAGAAGGAGAAGUCGUGA